AUGAACCCACCACACCCAGCACAAGCAUGCCCCGGCUAUAACAUGAUGAACAUGGGCAUGCUGCACAACAUGAUCAACAACUACAACAGCUACCCCAAUGACCCGCUCCUCCACGUGCGACAGACCCUUCCGAAUGUCUUGGGGUCCGAGUUGUCAUUUUCGAGUUGCAAUGUACCAAACUCGAUGUACGACCUUAUCCCGGAAGCUGUGGAAACGAAGCCGCUUACGGCAUCAGAAGAAAUGGCACAGGAGCGAAAGAAGGUUCACCGCGGUCAUCCGGUGUGGAAGUACUUUCGGCUAUGGCGCGCGCCUGAUACAUCGAUGACAAAGGCAACUGCGCACUGCAAGCUUUGCCGGAAGAGAAAGAUCCCGUCCGCAUCGACAAAAUCUGCGAUGCGUCACCUGAAGAACCACCAUGCGGCAGCGCAUGCUAAGGUGUUGGAGCAGACCGAAGGGCGCAUCUUCUAUCGCCACGGAGACCGACCGCGAGAAACAACAUCGUGUGAAAUUGUGACUUUGGCGCCGGUCGUUACGGAAAAUAAUACGAUGCUGAAGUUUGUGAACUUUACUCCACCCAGCAAUGGCACCAAGCCUCCGCCCAGCGUCCUCCGCUCGGCCUUGGAACUCGCCCUCACCCUCCCAACCUCAUCUGAGGACAAGCCGUACAGCUCCGUGCAGCUGAGCCCGAUCUCGAUGGAAUCUCCCCAAUCCCCGCCAUUCUUCAACUUCGAGCCGAAGGUUGAGAAUGAAGAUAUCGCUGAAAAGCAGAGGCUGGAAUAUCAGGAGACGACCAGCUUGUUGAAGAUGUUCACGGGGAGACAAGAUGGGCUCUACGAGUGCAACAGCUGCACCUUCUGCUCCUCUUACGACAUCAAUGUCUUCCGCGCUCACCAGGGCAGCACCCAUCGAGUCCAAAAGUUCCAGCCAAAGCCCCAGCCUCCAACGGAAAGCUUUCAGCCGAGCCCCGCCUCCUCCUCGGGCAUAUACGAUCCCCGCGCGGUCCCUUCAUUCACAAACGAGCCCUCACACUUCCCCUGUCCCUAUCAAAAUCUGAAUAAUGACGCCAGUCUAAGCAUA